GUCUAUUAUGAGCUAUAAUGGUGGGGCCGUCAUGGCCAUGAGAGGAAAAAACUGUGUGGCUGUAGCUGCUGAUAAACGCUUUGGAAUUCAAGCUCAGAUGGUGACAACAGACUUCCAGAAGAUCUUUCCCAUGGGGGAUCGUUUGUAUAUUGGACUGGCCGGCUUGGCAACUGAUGUGCAGACAGUGUCCCAGCGCCUGAAGUUCAGAUUGAAUCUUUAUGAGCUUAAAGAAGGACGCCAGAUAAAACCUAAAACUUUCAAAAGCAUGGUGGCUAACUUGUUGUAUGAACGAAGGUUUGGUCCUUACUAUGUUGAACCAGUUAUUGCUGGUUUAGACCCAAAGACCUUUGAGCCAUUCAUUUGCUCUCUGGAUCUUAUUGGAUGUCCAAUGGAGACUGAAGACUUUGUUGUUAGUGGGACAUGUUCAGAACAGAUGUAUGGCAUGUGUGAAUCUCUCUGGGAGCCAGACUUGGAGCCAGAGGACCUUUUUGAAACCAUUUCACAGGCCAUGCUGAAUGCUCUGGACAGAGAUGCUGUGUCUGGAAUGGGGGGGUGGUUGUACACAUCAUAGAAAAAGAUAAAGUUACCACUCGGACACUGAAGGCGCGUAUGGAUUAA